GCAUGAAAGUCUGCCUGUCAAUAUUCUAGUCUAAUACAACAGUAGCUGUGGUUCCUGAUAUAAUUUGAAUUAAUUGUGCACCCUAUGGUAAAGCUGUUCUUUGCCAUAGCAAAAAUGAGAGACCUGGAAACAGAGGUAAAGAGGAAAAAUGAGUAAUUCUGUACAUCUGUGCUCUAAAAGAGUUCUCUGUGUCAGGAAGAAGGGAAAUAUUUACUCAAGGAUCCGCUGAGGUGAAAUAGCAAAGGUAAUUUGUCUUUGUAAAUGGUUAAUCGUGAUUUAAAAGCCCCCAUAUUGACAGGAACUGCAGGAUAGAUGUCAUUGGAACUUCUUGUUUUUUUAAUACACCUUAAGAAAUUAAACAAAGCAAAUGCAUUUGGUGGCGCCCUCAGGAAAAGUCCAGUCACUUCCUGAACAGUAAUCUGCCUGUGAGCAGCAGAUAGAUUCUCAUUGUUUGCCAUUUCCAGUUUCCAGUAAUGGGAACGAUUACUUGAUCCAGCCAGUUUUUGAAGAUCUGGGAAUAUUUAUGCAUUUUAAUGGCAAAAUUUUAUCAGUUUCCAUAAAACAGCCACAGAAAAACCCAUAACCUGUUUUUGGUACCUGAAGGCAUCACCUCUGAUGAUGAAUAUUGUUUUAUUUUGGAAUUAAGCGUGUGUGUUCUUCAGGAACGAGAUGUAUCUUGCUCUUCUGGUGAUUUUCUUGCAGUGUUCAGAACUUUACACUCAGGACAGAGUUUUUACUUUCAACACAGUUGAAAUCGAUGUUCAGCCGUCUGUCAAAGUCAAGAAUGGAGCUCCCAUGUCAAUUAUCUGCCAUGCUGAUAUUAGCAAAAGUGCUGAUUUCCAGCUGAAGCAUAACUUUACAAUUUUUAAGGAUGGCAAGCUUGUGUUCAUGACUGUAUCAGACAAAGAUGAUGCUCAAUAUGAAGUACCUAUGGCUAGAUCUUCAGAUACAGGAGAGUAUGAAUGUACUGUGGAAGCAGGCGGGAAGACAAAAUCAAGUAACUCCUUACAUGUCUGGGUAAAAGGAAUGACCAAGCCAAUCCUCACUGCUGAGAAAAAAGAAGUUUUAGAGGGUGAAGUUGUGAAAUUACGUUGUGAGCUGCCAGAAGAAGUUCCUCCUUUAUACUUCUAUUUCCGAAAGAUAAAGAUGAAUUCAACACCUAAAGAAAAAUAUGUCUUUGAAGCAUACAAAAAUUAUUCUGAAGUGGAAUUUUCUGUUGAAGAAGGAGAUAAUAUUUUACAAUUUGACUGCUUUGGUAAGAGACAUGUACAACGGGAAUUUGACAGCUCAGAACACAGCAACAAAACACUUGUUACAGUCAGGGAACCAUUUAUAAAGCCUACUCUGAGUGUCAGGCCCUCACGUAAUAUUACAGAAGGAGACAGAAUACAGCUUGAAUGCUCAACUGUGGUAGCCCGAAUGCGUGACAUCGAAAUCAUACUCCAGAAAAACAAAACAAUACUGAACAGUGUACGAGAUGAGAAAGUUUUGAAGUACUCUGCAGUAGCUACUCUAGAGGACAGUGGUGAAUACCUGUGUAAAGUGGAGCAAGGGAGAGCAUCUAAGUCCACCAAAGUGAAUGUUGUUGUGUCAGAGUUAUUCCCCAAGCCAACACUGGCUGCUUCUAUGAAUAAGCUGGAUGAAAACAAAGAGUUAACUCUGAGCUGCAGCAUUAGUGGCUUUCAGAAAGCCAACUUCUCCAUGCUGCGGAGGAAUUCAAAUGGAGAUGUCUUGUUGGAAACUUCUAGAAACUUAACAAUGAGAGUUAGUGUGAAUGAUACUGGAUCCUACAUCUGUAAAGCUGAAGUAAAAGGAAUAGUCAAGGAGAGCAAACCUGUAAGGAUAAAUGUUUAUGCUCCAGUCUCCAAGCCAACUCUUUCUGUUGUCAGUGGUUUACCAGAGGUGGUGUUAGGGAAGCCUCUGCAGUUAAUCUGUCGUUCAGCCAGGGGAACACCACCAAUAACAUUCAAAUUCUACAAAGGAAACGUAAUUAAGGAAACAGUCAUUAACGAUACAUAUGCUAUGUUCUUGGAUGAAAAUGUUGGACAAAAUGACAAAAAGGGAUACAAAUGUGAUGCUAGAAAUAAUCACUCCAGUGGUGUGAAAACCAGCAAUAUUCUAAACGUCACAGUAGUAGUGCCAAUCAGGAAUGCCAGCCUGGGCAGUAUUCCGUAUGGAGAAGUGGAGGAAGGCAGUGAGACCGCUUUCCUCUGCUCUGUGAAAGAAGGAUCUUGGCCAAUCCACUUCAGGAUUUUUAGAAAAGCUGAUCGUGAUGUUCUUGUAUUUGAGCAAAGUGAACACGCUGACAGAGUCAUGUGGCGCAAAGGCACGAUGAGCAGGCAGGACACUGGGACAUACUACUGCGUGGCUUCUAAUCGAGCUAAUGUGGAUGUGAAAAGCCAUCCAAUAACCAUCAAUGUCAUCUUAGCAUCUUGGCAGAAAGGAGUCAUUGUUGCGUUUGUCCUGAUACCCAUCGCAGGAGCCGUGACUCUCGCUUUAUGGUGGUUUUUGUGUAAGAAGAAAAAGGCUAAAGGACCAUCCGUGGAGAUGUCUGGUCCUGCCUUGGCUACUAACUCGGCAAGUGAAAAACUGACGAGACAGCAUAAUGAUGGAGACUACUAUUCAGGACCUGACCUUGAGAGUGCUGAGGUGGAGUACACUGAAGUUGAAGUAUCAACGCUUGAUCCUCACAAAGCUCCUGUACAGAAGGGGACUGAAACAGUUUAUAGUGAAAUCAGAAAAGCUAAUAAUGAGAAUACAAGGGCAUCGUGAUGCUACUUAGAACUGUCAUCUCAAAGAUCAGCUGGGAGAAGAAAACAAGCCAAGAUGGAAAAUGUCGUGAAAGUUUCAAAAGCUCUGCAGCACUUAUUUAUGAGUUUACCAGGCUCUUCUCUUCAGAGUUGAUUUCCUUAGAGGGAACAAUAGAGAUGUCCCUAAAGCAUUUAAUGGAAAAAAUGACAAAUAAAAAUUCUAACAGGAAAGUGGCUCUAGAAACCACUGA